AUGAACGGCAGUGCAACCGCCACCCCCACCGCCGCGGGCACCACCGGUCGAUCAGUCACCCAUUUCCAGCACCGUUUACGGGGAUUGGCGGCAAACGACGUGACAAGAUUAAAUACCAAGGCUGGGAUUCAGACUCAGACUCGGAUGAAGUCACCUACCCCGUCCAGCCUGUUUCGUCAAGUCCUCGUAAAGAGUCGAAAAUCGGAGGCGACCUAUCCGAAGCAAAAUGUCAAACCUGUAACUCGACGGUACGGUGGCCCAAGCAUCUGA